AACAGCAGUGACUGCAUUAGUUAUUCAAUAAUUGACAGGUCUUGAAGGUCGUCUGGUUGAAGAGUUAAUAUUUGUUUUUUCCUAUUUUUCCAGUAAUGGACGUUCCUAUUCUCAAAGAGCACCCUGAAAUAGAUAGUGGUGAAGGCAGAAAUUCUCAUUCAGGUCCAGAGGUAGAAACUGACCUCCAUCAAGGAGAAAAAAUGUCGUCGGAAAAUUCUGAUUAUGAUAGCGCUGACAGCUACAGCGAUGACCCGAAUGUGAAAAUCCGAUCCAGGGCUUCUGAUGAGCACUCCAACUCUGAUGCUGGUAGCGUUACUUUGGAGCGUGAAGAAGGAGAUGGACAGGAGAGUGUCCCUUCCAAGAAGGUCGAUGAUGAUGAGGACAAGAAAAAUCCCCAGUAUAUUCCCAAGAGGGGGACUUUUUACGAGCAUGAUGAUCGUACUGCAGAAGAUGAUGAAUCCAAUGUAAUAGUCGAGGAGGAUAAGGAUAAAGAUGGAAAGAAGAAAGUUUGGCAGGACAAGAAGGAGAGAUGGGCCCAUGAUAGGUUCAGCGAGCAAGAACAAGGCCCCAAGACGAGGACAGAAUUGAUCGGUAUCUAUGGAUACGAUAUCAGAAAUGAAGACGGUCCACCAAGGGCGAGAAGGCGUAGAAGAUAUGGUCGUGGCCCCAAUAAAUACACACGUAACUGGGAAGACGAAGACGCUUACAACAAACCUCAACCGAUUGUGCAUCGCCCCAAGAAGACAAGACCCGGCAAGGAAUCGGAGGAAUUCCCCCCUCUCGUGAGAGAAUCAACUUCAGAGCCCUCUGCUGAGACGGAAAGUAAUGAAAACAGGGAACAAGCGGAACAAGUGAGGAAGACUGAAGAAAGAACUGAGCCUCCCAAGGAACAACCUGUACCUCAAACGCAGAUCCCUAAUGAGCGUGUUCAACCCGUCACUAAUAAUGCUCAAGAGCAGCAAAGCAACAAAAACAGCCAGCAGCGUAUCGGAUCCGGUAGGGUUAUCAAACCCACGGCCAUCAAUGGGUUCACUUCUAGAACUGCCGACAUUAGAAAGUACAACGUGAAACAGGAACAGGUGAAGAUCCUUCCUAAUCAAAAUCAGGCCAAGGGUGACUUUAUCCAAUCGCAAAAUUUCACCAACAAGAAGAACCUGCAAGAUUUGGAGAGGGAGAUGAACAAGCUGAGCGUGGACGGAGUCUACAAGGGUAGUGGAAAUACAAAGAAGAUUUGUGCCGUCUUGGGGAUCUGCUUCCUUCAUUCUGUGGCUACUAAAAUGAUUAUGGAGGUUACCACCAAUUGCAUAAAAUGCAGCACUGAAACCGCCACGAAUGGAUAUCCUUGCAACUUAUGCACAAAAAUAAUAUGCAGAAAUUGUUCAACUCUGUCGUCUACCGACUUGCAAGUUAUUUUAUUAGCAGAAACAGUUGUUCUAUUCUUCUGCCCCGAUUGUACGAAAAGUAUCGUUAAAAAUCCCCAACUAGAAGAAACUAUUGAUAGGUUUCGAGUGGGAGUGGAGAACUAUAAAAGAGAUAUCAUAUAUAAAAAUAUGUGUUUACAAUUAUUCCUCGAAAUGAAUUUUUGCAAGCCAAGGAAGUCGGGGAUGAAUGAACCUGCGUAUAAUGGAAUUUGGCUGAAUUCUAUUGUGGAUCCGUCAACAUAUUCAGGUGAAAAAAAGGUAGUCAGUCUAAAUCCCGCUGCAAAGCCAUUUUGUCAUGAAAUGGAGCACAGCUCCAUCGUGAAUGUUCAAAACGAAUAUGAAGUACCAUCUUCACCAUCUUCACUUAGUAUUGGACUUACAUCUAGCGAAGCUGGUCUAAACCAAACUCCACCUAGUUCAGCCUUGGAAAGCAGAAAUGAAUCGCACAGGUCGCAUAAUUUGAUGGUCUUCAAUCUGCCAGAGUCUUCAGCUACCAGCCUUAUGGAAAGGAUAGAGUUUGAUAUGAGGGAAAUUGAGGAAAUAAUUGAGUUCUUGGGUGUGUCGGCGUACGUUUGUAAAGUGUACAGGAUUGGGAGAUUUACAGGUAUCAGAACUAGGCCGGUAGUGGCGGUUUUGUCUAGCGAGAGGGAGGUUAUAGAAGCAGUGAAAAAUAGGAAAAAACUGAGGAAUACUCACCACUAUAUGGUUCGGUUGGGCUCAGAUAAAUCCAGAAAGCAAAGGGAUAAUCUGAAUGAUUACAGCCAGCAGUCACCCCCGGUAGCGGCCGUCACCCAACCGCUUAUCCAGCAACCCGCCCAGAUAAUCCCCGCCACCACUACGCAAGUACCCCAGAUGGCUACGCUUCAGCCGAUCCCGCAGCAGGUUCCCGUCCCCAACGCCUUCCCCCACGCGUACCCUCCGCCUCCGCCUACAUUCUUGCAGUCGGGUUACGCGGCCCCCACGUACCUCACACCGCAAGUGCCCCAGGGCCUCAGCUAUGUCCAAGGGCAGGCCGCGUACACGCCUAACUACCAGAGCUAUCCCCCUCAGCAAUUCAAUCCGGCGACCCCGCCGACAGAAUUGUACCAACCGCAAGGCGGCAUAACUUACUAUUCAACCGACCAACAGCUAGCUCAACGACAGGCACCCCAGAAGCGUCCAAAGGCUGCGAUACCGAUAGUUGCCCCACCUGGACAAGAGAAAAAAACUGACGACACAAAUUAUCAACAAAAUGAAACCGUCGAAGCGAGAGAGACUAACGAACCUGUCGAAGCGCAGCAAUGAUGAAUAGAGUGGGCCAUCAUUUUACGCCGACCAUUAGUAAGAUAUCAAAGCAGACAACAUGUGGAUGGAUUAUAACAACGCAAACAGUGCGAAAGGUUUUGGCUGAUAAUUGCGAGCUUUUUUCUUAUUCUAAAAGUUGGAGUGCCGGGUUGCAUCUUGGUCUUGACGCGGGGGUAUGAUUCUGGCCUUUCCAAAAUUGAUUGCUUUUCGUGCACUCCCCGAUGAGAUGUUUUUAUGGUGAGAUUUGCCGCAAGAAGACCUUCAUCAAAAUCUAGAAAUGUUGGAAGUAGUUUUUUAUUAUAUAGGGAGUCUUUAUUGUAUCUGUUGAUUCAUUCGUGACUAUUUACAAAUAUACAUUUGUAUCUUUUCAAUAUUUAAUGAGCGAAUCUAUUUUAAUUAGGUUUUUCAAAGUUUUAGCGAAUUUGACGAAAUAUCUUGACAGUUGAAAUAUUCCUUUGAUCUUACUGCUUUCAUUUAUACUUAUAAACAAGAGGACUAUUUUGAUGCUGAUAUAAUUUGUAAUUUAACACGUUCUUUAUCCUAAGCUGUACCGCUAGAAAGAUAGUUAUCACUUUUUUUUCUCAAAAUGUAUUUAAAAUUUUGAAAAUACUCUUCGGACAUGAUUUCGCGUCAUUAUCUAUACUUUUUUUGGGCGAAUUCAGCAUGUGAUAACACCAAGAAUGGGUGGAGGAAUGAUAGGAAAUAAUCGUAAUUGUCAUACUCUUGGCAAGCUUUCUUGGUUAUAUACAUUAUAUUUGAUAUGUAAAUUAUUUAUUUCAAAUACAUAUUAUAUGGUCAAACCAUUUCAAAAA